AGAAGCCGCAGCCGCCUGUGCACACCGGGGCACCGCCUUCCUCCUCUGUGCGCUUUUCCUUUUUUCUUUUCUGUUCUCCCGCGGGCGCUGUGCCAUGAUGUACCAUGGCGGGUGCGUGUCGGCGAGCGGCUCCGCGGUGGCCCUCCACACCGCCGUGCGGGCCUACUCCGAAGUGCGCAACAACUACAGUGGCCGGCCCAGUUCCCCCUGGGCAGCCCCUGGUGAAGCGCCGUCCUACCCUUCCGUCCGCUCUCCCUUCCCGCUGCCGCAGCCCCGCUUUCGCAAGACGCACAUCGAGUGGAUGCUCCACCACGGGCAUGGCGACCGCUACGGCAAAUACGGCCCCUCACGCGAGAUCGCGGACUUCGAGUACGCCGAUGGCACCCCGUCCAGUAUUAGCAGCCGUCGCUUCGCGUACAAGCACCAUCAGGAUCACCUGCUCGUGCAGCUCAUCCGCGCCGGCGCAACGGUGGAGCGCUUCGAGGAGGAGGAGCUGCUGCCGCGCAUCCCCGGCACGCCGGAGCAGCGCGACUGGGAUCCAGAGGUGCCGCUGUUUCUAGAGGACCUCGACGAGGCGGGCCGACCGCCACGGGCGAUGUCACCCGAUAUGAUGGCCCGUGUCAUGGAGGAGCGCUUCACGAGCGACACAGGCCGCACGCCGGUCAACUUGGCGAACAAGCACGCGGGGGAGUCGCUGGAGCCGAACACGAUGUUCGCAACGUUUGAUCCUGCGGCGUUCGUGUCGGACGCGGUUCGGAUGGACGAACGCAAGCCGUUCUGGUCGCGGCGGCGGUGGGCGCUGAACGACAACUUCAUGGUGCCGAUGAGCCCCAAGCCGAAGAACACGAUUCCGGAUGAAUAA